UGCACUCAGAUGGUGCGGGGAGAUAAAUAAGGCAGCAGAGGUGGUGGAUGCAAGAGCCUCUUUAUGCACACGCACUCUUACCUUGCGCCCUCAGUUGCCCACUGCCGUUCAUGCCUACUUCACGAACAUGGGCGUGAAAUGGCAGCUGGUGACUGUAGUGGUGGUGAGCUUGCUGGUGACGGAGGCGAGGAAAGCGAACGGAAGACAAAUAAACGUGACUGAUGAGAACGCGAGAUUACAACAGUCACUACCUGCUGCAGAUGACGGUGGUAGUGAUGCGGAGGAUGGCAACUUGGUAAAAGUGAUCAAAUACCCACUGGGCCCUGAAACACUUCAGAGGCACCGGGGGAUUCAAAUCUCUGGCCCCUUAAAAGAUCUAACCUCCACGCUGGUGCCACCCGAGGUAUCUAGAGCAGGCCAGCUACCAGCAGCCCCACCAUCCCAGAACUUCGACAAGAAAGACGAGGACAAAGAAUUAAGAUGCGGAAAGUUCACGUGUGCAGACAAAGCGGAAAACAAAGGGAAGAUGAAGGCCAGGAAAAAAAGAUGGAUAAGAAGGACGAGGAUGAAGAAAAAGAAGAGGAAGAAGGGUAAGCUAAUCGUCCUGAACGGACCUCCCGGCCUGCCCGGCCCGCCCGGCCCGCCUGGCCCGGCUGGUCCACCCGGCCCGCCUGGCCCGGCUGGCCCGGCCGGCCCAUAUGGUCUGUCAGGAGAGCCAGGUAAGAAAGGUGAUCCAGGCAAACCAGGUCAAAUAGGUGAACCAGGCGAACCAGGUCCAAAAGGGGAUCCAGGUUUAGAUGGCGUUACAGGUGAAGUUGGCCCGCAAGGUGAACCAGGCCCUCCAGGUAAACCAGGUCUUCCAGGUAAACCAGGUCCAGGUAGACAAGGUGAGAAAGGUAAACAGGUCUUUCCAGGUUUACCAGGCGGUCCAGGUGAAACAGAUUACGAGAAAAGACCAGAUUCCCAGUCUAUGCAAAGCAUGAAAGGCAGUGAGGCCAAGGAUGAGAGUGAGGGCGAGGACGAGAAGGACUCUGAUGAAAAGGACGAGGACGAGAACGACUCUGAUAAGAUCGAAGACGAGGACGAUGAGAAAGACGAGGAUGAUGAUGAGGACGAGGACGAGGUUAAGAACGAGGACAAGGACGAGGAAGAGGAGUACAAGAACGAAGACAAGAACAAAAACGAAGAAGAGGACGAGGACAAGGAGAAAGAAGAGGACGAGGACGUGGACGGCGAGAACCUCCAGAACGAGGUUGAUGGUUCUGAUAGUACUGGUGACUAUAAUGAUACUGGUGGUCACAGAAAUUAUACUGGUGACUAAAAUGAUGACACUGGGGGCCACAUUGAUGACACUGGUAGCUUAAGUAAAACUGGUGGCCACAAUGAUGACAAAUAAAUGAAACACUUAUCCGGUAUCUCUGUAGAAGUCACCGGUGAGUCAUACCUGUAUCUUCUUCAGCAACACCAGUAACCCAGAAAAUAAUAUCACUAGUAAGCAGACAAUACCGGUACACAUUAGAGAGGAAAAGGAAAAUGUGACUUGAUUUUUAUCAGUGCAGUAUUUUAUGGCUUUUUUCUUUGGUUAUUUGUUUAAUAUGGUUGUUGGUGUUGCCGUUAGUGUUAGAAGGUCAGACCAAUGUGUGGAUGGAUGGGGAUGAUAAGUGAAAAAAAAGGUAAGCGUGUGUCAUAUUCAUACUGAGACUGCAAUGUGUUGGCCUGAUGGCUUUUUGCACUCCUUACUUCCUUCCUUGUAUAAAUAUGUUUAUAUAUUCAUUUAUUUUUUUACUUCUCUAAUUACAUAUCUAACUACCUAUCAACUCAUCCGUUUACAUAUUUAUCCAUUUUCAUUGAUUUUUUUGCCCUCGGAAAUUUAAAAGUAUAUUCUUUUUGUGUACUUAAGUUUUGCUAUAUUGGCUUUUGAUGGAUUCGGAUACAGAAAAAAAAGUUAAGUCUUUUUACUGUUUAUCUUAUCUAGCGAAUUACAACUAACAAUGAAAAUUAGCCAUUGAUACAAAACCAUCGAUAUGGAAAAGGUUUUUAUUAACACCUCUUCUAACCAUGACGUGAACUGUAAUGCCGUACUAUACGAUAGAUGUACUUGAUGAGCGUGUAUUGCAGAGGCUCCACAGACACACCGCGCAUUCCAAUAUUGAUGUGAAGCCACCUUAAAAGGGUACCCAACACUCCCUUCAGUCUUCACCAAAUCUUCAUCAUCAACACUCUUGGACAGCUAUGCGCUCCCGGGCUUAACGAAAAGACACCAAAGAAUGAAUAAAAAUUUCAGU